AUGCACGGCCGAAGCAAGAAGCUCGGCAACAUUUUAGAGGAGCUGGGCGUCAAGAAAGGAGACAGGGUGGCAACACUGGCCAUGAAUACGUACAGACAUAUGGAACUUUACUUUGCCGUUUCGGGUGCUGGGGCCGUACUACACACCUUGAAUCCUCGUUUGUUUGCAGAGACUCUCACAUGGAUCGUCCACCACGCCCAAGACAGCGUCCUCUUCUUCGACCCCUGCUUCGCCUCCCUUGUGGAGCGACUCCUCCCGCACUGUCCAAGUGUUAAGCACUGGAUCUGCCUCGUGGACGAAGAGCGGAUGCCAGUCCUACCUUCCCUUUCUCCGUCCUCUCCUUUCCUUUCCCUUCACAACUACGAGGCUUUGCUUCGGGAGGGAAAAGAGGACUAUGUGUGGCCCAUAUUGGAGGAGACAGCAGCCUCUAGUCUCUGCUAUACAAGCGGCACGACGGGCAUCCCCUACACUGCAGCCAUGGUAGGGUGCAAGCUGGUCUUGCCCGGUUCCGCUUUGGAUGGGGCUUCCCUGUACGAGCUGAUGAAGGAAGAGGGGGUCACACUCGCCGCUGGCGUGCCCACGGUCUGGCUCCCUGUCCUCCACCACCUCGACCAGGACCCUGGACAGGGGCUCCCCAAAUUGCGACGUCUGGUCAUCGGAGGCGCUGCCUGCCCUCCCUCCAUGCUGCGUGCCUUCAAAGAGCGGCACGGGAUCGAGGGCAAGCACCUCGCUCUCCCCACCGAAGAUCAACACAACGUCCUCUCCACGCAAGGAAGGACCAUCUACGGCGUGGACCUUCGCAUCGUCGCGCCCUCCCCCCCUCCCUACCUCCCUUCCUCGUCUUCCUCCUACUCCCCACCUUACCCUCCUCGAUGGAGCGAGGUGCCCUGGGAUGGCGUCAGUCCGGGCGAGCUGUGCGCCCGAGGCCACUGGGUAGCAACGGACUACUUCUCUCCCACACAAGCACCGGAGGAGGGAGAAAGGGACGGAGGGGUGAGAGCAGGCCACCAAGAGAGUUUCUACACGGACGACGAUGGCGAGCGCUGGUUCCUGACGGGGGACGUGGCUACCAUCUGUCCGGAUGGCUACAUUAAGAUCACGGAUAGGAGCAAGGACGUGAUUAAAAGCGGUGGGGAGUGGAUCUCCUCCAUCGAGCUCGAAAACAUUGCCACGAACCACCCGGAGGUGGCACUGGCGGCUGUGAUCGCCAUGCCCCAUCGCAAGUGGGAUGAGAGACCACUCCUAAUCGUCGUGCUCAAGGAUUCUGCUGCGCUAUCACUCCAUUAUUCUACUACAUCCUCCUCUCCUUCGACCUCGAGCGACACCGACAGGGCAAUCCGUCUCACCAAAGAGGCCCUGCUCGACCACUUUAAAGGGAAAGUAGCCAAAUGGUGGGUGCCUGACGACGUGAUUUUCGUGGACAGCCUACCACAGGGGCCAACUGGCAAGAUCCUUAAGACUGAGCUACGUCAGAGAUUCUCGCGGAGGCCGUGA